UGGCCGCCGGGGCCAUGGCGGCGCUCAGCGUCGUCUGCCUGCUGCUAGCUGCGGCGUCGUGGCCGCCAGCUUCGCCUUCGGGCGAGGAGUUCUGGCCUGGGCAGUCGGCGGUCGACAUUCUGACCGGGGCGGCGUCCCGCAGACGGUACCUUCUAUAUGACGUCAACCCCCCGGAAGGCUUCAAUCUCCGCAGGGACGUCUACAUCCGAGUCGCCUCUCUGCUGAAGACCCUCCUGAAGACUGAGGAGUGGGUGCUUGUCCUGCCCCCGUGGGGCCGUCUCUACCACUGGCAAAGCCCUGACAUCCAUCAGGUCCGGAUCCCCUGGUCCGAAUUCUUUGAUCUUCCAAGUCUCAAUCGAAACAUCCCAGUCAUUGAGUAUGAGCAGUUCAUUGCAGAGUCCGGCGGGCCCUUUAUCGACCAGGUGUACGUCCUGCAAGGUUAUGCUGAGGGCUGGAAGGAGGGCACCUGGGAGGAGAAGGUGGAUGAGCGGCCCUGCAUUGACCCCCCGCUGUACUCACAGGACAAGCACGAGUACUACAGAGGAUGGUUUUGGGGCUAUGAAGAGACGCGGGGUCUGAAUGUCUCCUGCCUGUCCGUUCAGGGAUCAGCUUCCAUUGUUGCACCUGUGCUUUUGAAAAACACUUCUGCUCGGUCUGUGAUGUUGGACAGAGCUGAAAACCUGCUUCAUGACCACUAUGGAGGCAGAGAAUACUGGGAUACACGGCGCAGCAUGGUGUUUGCCAAGCACCUGCGGGCUGUUGGAGACGAGUUCAGGAGCCAGCACCUUAACUCCACUGACGUCGCCGACAAGGUUCCCCUGGAGGAGGACUGGACGCAGAUGAAGGUCAAGCUGGGCUCAGCACUAGGUGGCCCUUACCUCGGAGUCCACCUGAGAAGAAAAGACUUCAUUUGGGGCCACCGGGAGGAUGUGCCCAGCCUGGAGGGUGCGGUGAGGAAGAUCCGCAGCCUCAUGAAGACUCACAAGCUGGACAAGGUGUUCGUGGCCACAGAUGCCAUCAGGAAGGAACAGGAAGAGCUGAGGAAGCUGCUACCAGAAAUGGUGAGGUUUGAGCCCACCUGGGAAGAGCUGGAGCUGUACAAAGAUGGAGGUGUGGCCAUCAUCGACCAGUGGAUCUGCGCGCAUGCCAGGUUUUUUAUUGGUACUUCUGUCUCCACAUUUUCUUUUCGUAUUCAUGAAGAAAGAGAAAUACUGGGGUUGGAUCCCAAGACAACAUACAACAGAUUUUGUGGAGACCAAGAGAAAGCGUGUGAGCAGCCCACACAUUGGAAGAUUGCUUACUGAGGGCCACCUGUGCCCACUGGCCAUCUGUCAGGAGUUUCACACAGGUUCCCAGGGGAAGCCCACAUUGUCAGCCAGCAACACGAAGCCCUUCUGGUCCCACGUGUCCAUGGGCUGACAUCUGUCUGGUGAGGCUGUGCCACAUCCAGGGUUUGCAGUUGUCUUAUAUCAGGACCUGUGGAACUGUGUCUCAGAUGUACAGUGUACCUGUGUGCGGAUCUGAAAACAUAGGAAGUGUUGGUAGUCCCGAGGUGGAGGCCCCUCAACUGUCCUGAGAUGGUUGAGUACAGCUGGUGGGUGGCUCCAGUGGACGUGGAGCUGGUGGCUCUGAGGCUCUUGCUGCAGUUCUCCAUCUGCUGACAGGUCCUGUCACAAGCUCCCCAGCGUGACCAGGGGCCAAGAACCCUGCCCUCUGUGGCACCUGGCUGGAUUUACUCACCAGGGUACUGUGAAGCUCAUGACAGCCUUUGAACCUGGCUAGUGACUUCCCUCACACUUAGGUGCACACAUACGGUCCCAGGCUCACCACUCUGCUGUGAAAUGGAAGUGAGAAGUGACAGUUCCAUGAACUUCAGAAGGCCCUGUGUAGUUGCCCCGCUGAUUUAGAGUCCUUUCCUUCGCUGCACUGGGGGUCGUUUGCACCGAGUGAGGCGGCGUCAGUACCGUGGGGUGUGGGCAGCCCCCAUACCGACACCUCACAGAGGCCCAGUGCUGUGCACUGAGCAGCCCCUUCGCCUGGCCGAGUGUAGCUGGCCUGGCUACUGCCCGGGUCUCCAAAGUGCAAGGAAGACCCAGACCACAGACAGGGUCCUGUGGGUCACUCAGCCAGCCAGAUGAAAUCACAUAUAUUUAUUCUUUCCCAUUUGUACAUCCAAAUGUCAAUAAAAUAGGUUUUCUAGAAA